UGGUUUUCCAAAGCCCAUGACGCACUAAGAAUCAAUGUUUACAUUUCCACUUAAGAUUCCAGCUUCAGCUGUUGCUUCUAUAAACAGAAAGCAUUUGAGAACUUUACAAUCAACUUAAGAGCAUUCAAUAAAUUUGGAUUUUACUGUUUAUUGGAAUGAGAGAAAAAGUGAGAGGUAGCGCAGAUCUAGAGCAGUGUCUACAUAUAAAACCAGUGUUAGUUUUCAUUGAUUAGCAACGUUUCGAUUGAUUUUAGAAUCAGUUUCUUAUUGACUGAGCAGCGUUUAAGACAUACAAAUUAAAUUAUAAAAAUGAAAUUUUAUUUAAGCAUCUGCAUUUGCUUUUUAAGCCUUUCUGCUAUAUACGCACGUCCACAACAAAUUAAUUGGGGAGAUCUAUUUGCACCUACACCGGCAAGACCAAAUCAACCACAAUUUAAUUUUGAUAAUGGCGUUAAUGGAGAUAAUGGCGUGACUACCACAACCGCGGCACCUGCUGCAAGUACACCUUCUCCACAAUAUCUGGCCUGUUUACAGAGAUGUCCUUCAACAAUGGAAUAUAAUCCUGUGUGCGGUAGUGAUGGGCUAAAUUAUCAUAAUACUGGUCGACUGCAAUGUUCCAUUAAUUGUGGCUUAAAUGUUGCUGCUGUUCGUAUGGGCACCUGCAGGCCACUUUAAAUAUUAGGAGGAUAUAAGUGUUUUUUAAAUGAUUAAUUUAAGUUAAUUUUACUGAAAUGAAUAUUAGAUUAAACUAAUA